AAUAUAAAUUAAAUAAAAAAAUACUAAAAUUUAAAUAAAAAUAAAUUAAUUAAAAAAAGUAAAUUAAAAAAGUGAAAUUUAAUAAAAUAUUAUUUAUCAGAUAUAAAACUAAAUACUUACAUAUGUAUGUACGCAUAAAGCAACUAAUAUUGCAGAUAUAGUAAAAUCCACCCCUCUCUUUUUCGCAACAUCCCUACCACUCUGUAAACGAUCUUUGUAGUUUUGGGCAUUUACGCAAAUCAUAAAUGCCUACACACCGCUGUAUAAUGUUGAAGUACACAUUUAUAUGCCCAAAUACAUACCUACAUGGACAUAAAUGUUUUUUAUAUUUAUUUGACGCACUUGAAAAACGAAAAGCAUAGAGCAGAUAAACUCUAGCCGAAUAGCGUACUGUAGUUAAACAAUAAUAAAAAUAACCUCUGCUUAUUUGUAUAAAAAAACACAUACACGUACCCUUCUUUAACUCAUUCCUCACCACCAGCAACCGAUAUUACCAUAAGAAUUUUGGCUCGUCAUGCACAAAUACAUUGACAUGUCAACUAUAAUAUACAUAUGUAUGCGUAUGUGUACUAUUCGCUUUUACUAUUGCAAAUUAUAUACACUUCAUACUUUUACGCUUUUAUACCCUUCAGCUAUACGCCACUAAUCAUAAUUGCCGCCGUUAGUUUAUGGCAUUUUUAGUGCCAUGUUGUCUUUGUGUUGCGGCUUCUCUUCAGCCAACUCGCUACAACUCGACCGAGUCGCAUUGUUUUGGAAUUUGUACCCCGUUGCAUAUACAGCAUACAUAUAAAUACGCACGCACGUAUGUGCAUAUGUCUGUCUGUAGCACUCACGCACCGCGCGUGCAGUGGCUCACCCCUUUCCAGCCUUCUCCACCACCAACAGCUGCUAUCUAGCUUCACCUCAACUCGUAUUAUGUACUAUAUUUAUUUGUUUAUUGUGCGUAUAGCUCUCAACCCCGCUCACCCACUCAGCCCCCCUGUACGCUUAUGUCAUAAAAUUCUGCCAUUGCGUGCUUUUCAUUGCAUACAUAUGUACGCUGUUACGUAGCCGCUGCGUAUGUUUGUAUUAACGUGUGUCGUCAUUCCGCCACAAAGCAGAUCAUAUCAUAGGAGGCUCACUUGAAAAACUACCCAUCAUUUGGGCAUACGCAAUGCGUAGUAGUUGCUUCAAUAAACCGCAUUUUUUAUUAGUAUUUGUGAGCGCUCUUCUCACGCAUAGCUAAUACUUAUACAGUUUGUUGUUGUUAAGUUGGGAGGGGGUACGUACAAUGCCGUGACUCUACUGGGGUUGCUUAUGCGGAUUACGUAGUGAAGUUGUCAAUGUUAGUGCUUGUUUUGGUUCACUUUAUGGUGCGUCGUCGUUUGGAGGGGGUGUGGUGGUGGUGUAUUGGAGCAACAAACCAUUGUUAAACGCUCGCAAAGCUUAGCGCCGCCAGAGAGAGUGUGGUGAGAGCGUGUGUGAAUCGGUGAGUAGUGGACUAACGAGUGUGCGUACAAAUUUUGCCAGCACAACACGGUGACGAGCGCAAAGGUUGUGCUUAAUCAAAUUCGGCAAGAAAUUCAUUAUUUAAUGGCAGCUAGAAAUUUCAGCAUUUGUUUGCUUUGGCAAAUAAUAAUGCCAGCAACUGCUUUAUUGUAUAAGAAAAAAUAUGAAAAUAUACAAGUAAUUCGUGCAUCAAAUGUUUUUACUGACUUUUCAUAAUUUACUGUAGUAAUUGUGAAAGUGAAAAAAAGAAUUUGCUCACAAGCGGUUUGUGCAAGAAAUCAACUACUAGUUACUCGCCUUAAAUUCGCAAAGCUGAAACAACGCAGCCAUUAAUAGUCAACUUAUUUACGCGUUUUAAUUGCGCUAGCUCUUAUUAUAGUGUUAUUAUUUAAACUGCGCGUAUUUUUGUGUUUGUGUGUGCGAAUUUGAAUGGAAAACUUAAAUAUAAUACAUUUGUAUUAAAAUAAUACACUCGCCGACUUCUCCAUGCGCUCAUGCUGAGAAUUCCGCUAUAGCUCCUUUGUUUUUGACUUUGCUUUAUAUGUUUUUUUCGUGCUCAUUUAAACAAACGUCUUUGGCUUUCUUCUAAUAAAAAUUCGUAUUUUGCGUGUUGCAGCAAUAAUCACAAACAGCAAAAAGUGGUUGCAACAAAUAAAACAACAACUACUUACAUAUACAAACGAGUUUAUUCAUAAAAUAGAUGGAAAAGCUGCAACAACAGCUGUUUCAGAUAAACGGUCAACAGCAGCAACAGAUCCUGUCGCCGUGCAGCACGAUGCCAGCGAUGCCAAAAGAAAAGGCCACCGCAGUAUCGUUAAGUGAGAGCAAUUUCACCGAAUUGAAAUUCAAAGAAUUAUCCCUGAAUACAACAAACAACAGCGCCGCCACAAUGGCCACCACAGCAACAAGUCGCAUGCAUCAGCAUAGCACACAGCCACCCACACAUCAUUUACCUGCAGCAGCCGUACAGACAACAAACACAACAACAGCAACAGCGCCGACAGCUACAACCACACAACAGCCCACAAUGCCACAUCAUUGGACUCAACGCCAAAGCCAACAACAACAACAACAAAUGGUACAGUCACAGUCGCGCAACAGCCUAUGCGGCUGCGGCAACAUCUCGGCGAUCAUACCCGAGUCAGUGGGCAGCUUAAAUCAUGGCAGCAGUAAAUAUCUAACAAAUGGGCAUUCAUCACCUUUGGCAGCCGCUGUAGCCGCUGCACAGCAGAACGGCGCUACAACGCCGGAACACACGCCGACAUGUUGUCGUUAUCAGCAACAGCAACAACACCAACAACAGAAUGGCUAUGACAGCGUCGAACACCAGCAACAACAACAAUUGUCACGCACAUACAACAACAAUGCGCUAGCAGGUGGUGGUGGUAGCAAUGCACCACCCACCACCGCCAUCAAUAUCUCCGCCUCGACCGCCGCAACACUCUCAGUAGCAUCUGCUGCCAACAUCGGCUCCACCGGUGCAUCCACAUCGCCCACAAAUGUCGCCGUAACGCCGCCAAAGAAAUCGCCAAACGACUAUAUUUUCGGCAAAUACAUUGGCGAGGGCAGCUUCAGCAAUGUUUAUCUCGCCGUCGAUGUGAAUACGAAACGUGAAUAUGCAAUUAAAGUCUGCGAAAAACGUCACAUCAUACGCGAGGACAAACAGGAGUAUGUGCGUCGUGAACGCGAAGCGCUACACAUGAUGACCAAUGUGCCGGGUUUCGUGAAUUUAUCAUGCACGUUCCAGGAUCGUCGUUCGCUGUACUUUGUGAUGACCUAUGCCAAAAACGGCGAUUUGCUGCCGUACAUCAACAAGGUGGGCUCCUUCGAUGUGGACUGCACACGCCACUAUGUCGCCGAAUUAGUAUUAGCUUGCGAGCAAAUGCACUAUCGCAAUGUGGUGCAUCGUGACCUGAAGCCAGAGAAUAUACUCUUAGAUGAGGAUAUGCAUACGUUGAUUGCCGAUUUUGGUUCGGCGAAAAUCUUCAAACCUGAAGAAUGUAUUAAUCCCGUCAAACCGGCACCAUUUUCGUUGGGUCGUCGUAGCGGACGUAAUUCACAGAAUCGCAGCGAUGAUGACGAUGAUGAGGAUGACGACACUGAGGAUACCAAUGAUACGUGUAGCGAUGAUGAUAAUGCGCCCGGUGGACGCGGUGGCCUGUAUUAUUAUCGUGGACGUAAGGGCAGUUUUGUUGGUACAGCGCAAUAUGUGUCGCCGGAAGUGCUGCGUAAUGGUUUCGUUUCACCUGCUGCUGAUCUCUGGGCACUCGGUUGUAUAGUGUAUCAAAUGAUUUCCGGUCUGCCGCCGUUCCGUGGCAGCAAUGAUUAUGUCAUAUUCAGAGAAAUACUCUCCGGCGAUCUAGACUUUCCGCAAGGCUUCGAUAAGGAUGCCGAAGAUCUAGUCAGACAACUAUUGAAGAUACGACCCGAGGAACGUUUGGGCUCACAAGAUGCCAAAGGCAGUUAUGUCAGCAUACGUGCGCAUCCAUUCUUUAAUGGCAUCGAUUUUGCGACAAUACGUCAGCAGACACCGCCACCAAUUUACCCAUACUUGCCGGGCGUAUCGAAGGAUGACGGCUUUAGUUCGCAUUAUUUUAUGCCAGAGAAUCUAGAACCCGGCUUGGAUGAUAAGCAGCUGACACGUUUGCUCGGCAUGGAAUUGGGCACAUACAUUGAGAAAAAGACUGUAGUAAAAAAUAUUUACGACCUUUCGGAGAGCGAAAAGCAAAAACGUUUGGAGCAACAAAAGUCUGAUAAAUGGCACGUCUUCGCCGAUAACGAAGUCAUCCUGAAGAAGGGUUACAUCAACAAACGCAAAGGUCUGUUCGCGCGCAAACGCAUGCUGCUAUUAACAACGGGUCCACGGCUCAUCUACAUUGAUCCCGUGCAGAUGGUGAAGAAAGGCGAAAUACCAUGGAGCGGCGAAUUGCGUGUCGAGCCGAAAAACUUCAAAAUAUUCUUUGUGCACACGCCCAACCGAACGUACUAUUUGGACGAUCCCGAUGGUUACUCACUCGAAUGGGUCGACUCCAUUGAACGCAUGCACAAACUCACCUACCCCGAUAGCGAUACCGGCGCGACGACGACGUCGACGGCGACAGGCACCUCGCCGAAAUCGUCACAUCGAACUAACUCACCAACGUUCUUCAGCAGCGGCGGCGGCGGCAGCCACUCCAGCGGCAGCAGCAGCAGCGGCAACAUGUUGACCGCGGCCAUCGCCGCCGCCACAGGCCGAACGACGAAAACGGCGUCGAAUUGAAUGAAGCGACCGCCGCCACCACCACCACCACGUCGUCGUCGUCAACCAGAUAUUAUAUAUCUACUAAAGAAUGCAACAAGAAUUCUACAAAAACACGCAAAGGCACACAGCAUACAAAUGCGUGCCGAAUUGCAGCUAAAAACCUAGGUGUUCCAAGGCAGAAUGUAUUUGCCGCCGCUGUGACUCCACACAGAGCAGCGCUGUUAAAGCAACAACAAAAAAGUAAAAACUACUAAAACCGAAGUGGAACAACAACAACAGCGCGCAGCAAAACAUUUAAAGUAAUAUUAAAACAAAAAAUAUAUAUAUACACACACAUACAUACAUAUACAAAUGUUUAGAACAAAUUUAGUUCAAAUCAGCAAAUACAUAAAAUGAUUAUUAAUUAAACAUAAUAAUUAUAAUUAAUAAAUAAUAAUUAAUAAUUAAACUAAUCUUAUAUAUAAAAUAGAAGUGAAGUAUAGCGAAUAGCAAAAAAAAAAAAAACAAAAACAAAAAAUUAAAUUAAUUUAAUAUAAUGUAACAAUUAAUUGCAGCCUAGUAAUGUAACAGCAUUAAGUAACAGUAAAUUAGCGUAGCGAGGAGUGGCGUGUUGUGCGCGGACAUAGCAAAAAUUUAGCAAACAAUACUUAGCGUUUAAGUGAAAUGGUCCGAAAAUGUGCUUAGUAAAAUGUAAAUGUGUGAAAACAGCAACAACAACAACUGCAACAAUAGUUGAUAUUAAAUGCGUGAACGAAUUUGACACUCGGCAAACAAAAGGUGAGGCGCGAGCAAUAUGUUGUAUGACAAUGUGUAGGUGUGGCAGAAUGUAUAAAUGUGUGAGGUGGCGUGAUGGAAAUGCUAGAAAUUGUAGAAGCAGAAGAAGAAGCAGCGCGGUAAAUUUUACAAUAUUUAUGCAUAUGCUAACUUUACAACAACUAAGACACAUGCUAAUUAUGCGAUUAAAUUAUAAAUGCAUGCCAGACGGACACACACAUAUAUACAUGCAUACAUACAUACAUACAUACAUUGUAUAUGCAUACAUGCAGUUGCAAGCAGGCGUAUAUAGUGUGUAGUGGGCAAAAGUGUAGGAAAACACGUGCAAAAUUCUAUAUAUAUGUACAUGUAUAUAAGCCUACAUGCAUAUACAUACAUAUUGACGUGUAAAAGUAUAAUUUAAAUUAAUGUAAUUCUAAUUGUAAACAAAUGUGAAUAUUUUGUAGUUAGUCACAAUUAAAUGAAUUAUACACAGCAGAGUAGAGCAGCAAGCAGGCAAAAAACAGCGUGCAUAUGUAUACAUACAUACAUAUGUGCGUGUCAUAGCAAAAAUGAGAGCGAAAACCGAACUAUAUAAACAUUGCAUACAUAUGUAUGAGACUAUGUACAUACAUAUAAAGCAAGUUACAUACUAAAAUACUAUUAAAUGCGUACAUAUACAUACAUACAUAUAUAUGUAAUAGUAAGCAUAACUAAAAUUAUACUAUAUAUAUAUUAUAUAUACUCUACAUAUACAUAUGUAUACAUAAAUGAAAUGAGAGCGAAAACGGGCGAAGCGCAGCAAUGUGUUGCAUACUUGCAGGCGUUUGAACAGGCGUGUAAAUGAAUUUCCAGAAAAAAAUAUAUAUAUAAUAUACAUACAUACAUAUAUGCAAUGUAAUUAUUUAUAUGCAUAUAGACAGACGUACAUAUGCAGCAAACAGUUACCAGCAGUUAGUUAAUGAGUUUUUUAUGCUAAUUGUGCAACAACUAUGUUUACAACAAAAUAAUAUUGUACAUGCAACAACAAGCAAGACAAAUGUAUAACACACAUAUACACGCAAGAAGCAAGUAAGCAAAAAGUAAUGUAGAACAAGCAAUGACUCUGACUGCAAUGAGAGAGAAACUCGCGCAUUUUGCAACAACAAAAACAACAACAUUGUAUUAUAGAGCAUGUCGAUUGCAUAGUGUUUUAAGCAUGCAUUGUGCGCUGCGCAUGCGCGAGUUUACCGCUUGUAUUGCAUUGCGAAUUCGCGAAUAUGCAAAAAUGUAGCAUAAAAGUACAUAAUUACAUACACACACACACAUGCAUAUAUACCCUAUACAAUUAACAUCAAACACAAACAAAUUGUAACAACAACUGCGUGUACACGCAUGCGUGAGCGCGUGUCGGCUUAGGGCGCCAGCCGCUUAAAGCUGCCGAGGUGGUAACACUGGUGCGUCACAGCGCAUAACAACAUUUAGCUAAAUUACAAAAAUAAUUAGCUAAGUAAAAGUAAAAAAAAAAAACAAAAAGUAAAUAAAUAAAAAAAGUUAAAUUAAAAGUAUUUUUAUGCGAUUAGCGGGAAUUUUAAGCGUUGCAAAUGUAGUGUGUUCAUAGCUGUAAGCUGUAAACUGUAACAAAUGUAAAUUAUUUUUAUGCAAAAUGCGCGCAAAGUACGCACCAGUCGUCGCACCGACACAUAGGCAUGCGCAGGCGCAUACAUGCAGUGUUACCGUUACGCCGCCGCCGCCGUGUUCAAAUUUUUGUUUUGUGCAUCAAGUUAAAUACUUUUAUUGAAUUUAAAUUGAAUUGAAUUUGAAAUUAUUUU